AUGCUCAGAUCAUUAGCACGCAAGAACCGAGUGCUGCUCAGGCGAUUCUUGAACACAGCUUCGUCUCCAGUUCCUACCUUCAAAACUAGUACGCUUCCCAAUGGUUUGACUGUGGCGUCCGAAGUGAUGCCAGGGACGAAAACAGCUACUGUGGGAGUAUGGAUCAACGCUGGCUCGCGAGCUGACAACCCAAAGAACAGCGGAACCGCUCAUUUUCUCGAGCACCUUGCAUUUAAAGGAACCAACAAGCGCACCCAGUUGAAUCUUGAACUUGAAAUCGAAAAUUUGGGAGCUCAAAUCAACGCCUACACCUCAAGAGAGAACACUGUGUAUUACACAAGGUGUCUCGAGUCCGACAUCAACCAGAAUAUCGACAUUUUGAGUGAUUUGCUCACCAGAUCCAAACUCGAGCCUCGAGCCAUCGAGAACGAGCGUCAUGUAAUUUUGCAAGAAAGUGACGAAGUCGACAAGAUGUACGACGAAGUGGUGUUUGACCACUUGCACGAUGUUGCAUACAAGAACCAGGACUUGGGUCGCACCAUCUUGGGUCCCCGAGAGAUAAUCAACACCAUAAGCAGAGAAGAUUUGGUCAACUACAUCACUGCAAACUACAAAGGAGACCGUAUGGCUCUCAUAGGUGUAGGCUGCGUCGACCAUGAUGCUUUGGUAGCACAAGCCGAAAAGCAAUUUGGCCAUAUAAAGAAGAGUGAGAUUCCUUUCACCCAGGGUGGAGGAGACUUGCCUGUAUUCUAUGGCAACGAAAUACGGAUUCAAGACGACUCAUUACCCAACACACACGUUGCUUUCGCGGUGGAAGGAGUGAGUUGGUCGGCCCCAGACUUCUUCACUGCCUCGGUUGCAAACGGAAUUGUUGGCACCUGGGACAGAUCGGUAGGCAUUGGUUCGAAUUCUCCAUCGCCGCUCGCAUUGACUGCUGCUACCGGUGGAAAGGGCCAAACUCCUAUUGCCAAUUCCUACAUGGCUUACACCACCUCUUAUGCUGAUACUGGGCUCAUGGGAGUGUACUUUACUGCUGAUAAAGAUGUUGACCUCAAAUUAUUCACCGAUGCAGUUUUGAAAGAAUGGGCCCGUCUUCGUACUGGUGCUAUUACGGAGGAAGAAGUCGAGCGCUCCAAAGCCCAGUUAAAGGCUUCGCUCGUUCUUGCCUUGGACGACUCUACUGCCAUUGCAGAAGAUAUCGGCAGACAGCUCGUUAACACUGGCUACCGUUUAUCUCCCGAAGAAGUAUUCGAGCGGGUUGAAGCCAUUACAGUGAAAGAUGUCGUGGAUUGGGCCAACUAUAGAUUGAAAGAUAAGCCUAUUGCUAUAUCUGCAAUGGGUAAUGUGAAGACUCUCCCUUCGCAUAGCUAUAUAAUAGAAGGUAUGAAAUAG